GUGCUGGCCGUGUUGUCAGUGUCAGCUCUGCGCACGCAUCGCUCCCGGAGGCGGCGCUGGCCGUCGAGCCCCCGCGUUUCUGCAGACUAGUCCCAGCCUGGGUCCCGCCGGGCCCGCGCGGUGGGUGGGAGGAGUCCGGCGCCCGCCGGCGACUAACGUUGGUCGGUCUGCCAGACCAAUCGAGGAGCGACUCGGAUUACGGAGAGACGGACUCCGGCAUCACGACCCCCAAGACCACCUCUUAUUGAUCUGUGGCACCUUCUAGUCCAGAGCACCAAGCCCCGGAGAGCCCCCGAGCCCGCGCGCCCAGCCCCGGGGGAGCCCGCCCCCGCUCCGCGGCCUGUCCGGGCCAUGCUCCCCCGGGGCAGCGGCUGAGCGGGAGCCGGGACUGGGGCUGGGACUGGAGCCCGCGCGGAGCAUGGAUCUGGGCUGGGAGCAGUGGGACGUGGGCUGGGCGGCCCUGCUGAUCCUUUUCGCCGCCUCGCUGCUCACGGUGCUCGGCUGGCUGCUUCAGUAUGCUCGGGGGUUGUGGCUGGUGCGGGCCCGCGGGUCCCGGGGCCCAGGACCCGCCUUAGCUGACGAGCCUGGGGGCUCCCUGCGGGAGCUGGGCGUAUGGCGUUCGCUGCUGCGGCUGCGGGCUACUCAGGCUGGCGCCCGGGAGGAGCCAGGAGUCCGGGGCCUCCUGGCGUCACUCUUCGCCUUCAAGUCUUUCCGGGAGAACUGGCAGCGGGCUUGGGUGCGAGCGCUCAACGAGCAGGCCUGCAGGGACGGGAGCUCCAUCCAAAUCGCCUUUGAGGAGGUACCCCAACUCCCACCCAGAGCCAGCAUUAGUCAUGUGACCUGCAUAGACCAAUCAGAGCGUGCCAUGGUGCUGCAUUGCCAGCUCUCUGCUGAGGAGGUGAUGUUCCCAGUUUCUGUGACCCAGCAGUCCCCCGCUGCUGUCUCCAUGGAGACUUACCACGUCACUCUGACACUGCCACCAACACAGUUGGAAGUCAACCUGGAGGAAAUCCCUGGUGAGGGGCUGCUCAUAUCCUGGGCCUUCAGUGAUCGCCCAGAUAUCAGCCUGACAGUGGUUCCCAAGCUCCAGGCCAGAGAGAGAGGUGAGGAGCAAGUAGUGCUCUCCACUAUUGAGGAAUUGAUUGAAGAUGCCAUAGUCAGCACCCAGCCAGCCAUGAUGGUCAACCUCAGGGCUUGUUCUGCCCCUGGAGGUCUGGUACCCAGCGAGAAGCCACCCAUGGUACCCCAGGCCCACCCAGUUAUCCCCAGACCUACCCGGUUAUUCCUACGGCAGCUUCAAGCAUCACAUCUGGGAAGUGAGCUGGAAGGCACUGGGGACCUGUGCUGUGUAGCUGAACUCGACAACCCCAUGCAACAGAAGUGGACCAAGCCCAUGAGGGCUGGUCCCGAGGUGGAGUGGACAGAAGAUCUGGCACUAGAUCUGGGCCCCCAGAGCCGGGAGCUGGCCCUCAAAGUGCUGAGGAGCAGCAGCUGUGGAGACACUGAAUUCCUGGGCCAGGCCACACUGCCUGUGGGCUCCUCUUCCAGACCACUGUCCCGAAGACAGGUGUGCCCACUCACCCCUGGUCCAGGGAAAACCCUGGGACCAGCAGCCACCAUGGCAGUAGAGCUUCAGUAUGAGGAGGGCUCCCCCCGGAACCUGGGCACUCCCACUCCCUCCACUCCACACCCCAGCAUCACACCUACCAAGAAGAUUGAGCUGGACCGGACCAUCAUGCCCGAUGGCACCAUUGUCACCACGGUCACCACUGUCCAGUCCCGGCCCCGUGUAGAUGGCAAAUUAGACUCCCCCUCCCGCUCCCCGUCCAAGGUGGAGGUGACUGAGAAGACAACAACUGUGCUGAGUGAGAGCAGUGGUCCCAGCAGUACCUCCCACAGCAGCAGCCGGGAGAGCCACCUUUCCAACGGCUUGGACCCUGUAGCAGAGACAGCGAUUCGCCAGCUGACUGAGCCCAGUGGGCGGGCAGCCAAGAAGACACCCACCAAACGUAGCACUCUGAUCAUCUCUGGUGUUUCCAAGGUGCCCAUUGCUCAGGACGAGUUGGCACUGUCUCUGGGUUAUGCAGCAUCUCUGGAAGCCUCAAUGCAGGAUGAUGCAGGGAGCAGCGGAGGUCCCUCUUCACCUCCCUCAGAUCCACCAGCCGUGUCCCCAGGACCCCUAGAUGCCCUCUCCAGUCCCACAAGUGUCCAGGAAGCAGAUGAGACAACACGUUCAGACAUUUCUGAGAGGCCAUCUGUGGAUGAUGUUGAGUCAGAAACAGGAUCUACUGGUGCCCUGGAGACUCGCAGCCUCAAGGAUCACAAAGCUUCCCUUCUUCUCCCACAGUGAGUUUCCUGCGCAGUGGCACUAAGCUCAUCUUCCGCCGGAGACCUCGACAGAAGGAAGCUGGUCUGAGCCAAUCACACGAUGACCUCUCCAACACGACAGCCACAUCAAGUGUCCGAAAGAAGGCUGGCAGCUUUUCUCGCCGCCUUAUUAAGCGCUUUUCCUUCAAAUCCAAACCCAAGGCCAAUGGCAACCCCAGCCCCCAGCUCUGAGGGCCUUCCUUACCUCCUGAGCUAAAAGAGGGCAGGAGUCCUCUCAGCCCAAUCCCCAUGUCUCCUUCCAUUCCCCUUCCUGGAUUCCCAAUAGCCUGGGCCAGGGAAGCUCUCUGGGUUCCAGGAAGCCCUGUCUACCUGGGGCCGUGGGGCCAGUUGGAAGGGUACUUGCAAUAGGAAGCAUGUGAGAGGUGAGCACCAUUGCUGAGGACAUAGAAGAAGAAGUGGUGGCUGGGAGUAAGAGGAGAGCUCUGUCCUGGCAUGUAUGGGCAUUCCUCAGAAACAUUUGCCUGCUGUUGACGCUGGCCCCUCAGAGGAGUCCCAGGGCGCUCGGCGUCUCAGCUGAUCCUUCCUCCCUUAUUUAUUCUCUUUUCUAUUUAUAUGUGUGGUCCAAGACCCUCAGUGAACAGAUGAUAGAGGGCAUCUCUCCCAGGUGACCCUUCUUUCCUGUUUUAGGAGGGUAGGCAAUUCCCUUUGGGAUGGGGCUCCUAUACCUCCCUCAGGUUCCCACUCUGACCAGCACCAAUGUCUGCCUCUGAGGACAUUGGCAGCUCAUAGAAAGUCGGGCCGGUGCCCAGGAUGGGGGGCAGGUACUCCCCACCUCCCUGCCUCCCCUUCCAUUCCUCAUCCCUCCUUCCCCCUUUAUUACCAUUUUUGUACUUGAUGCCUUCUCCAUGAGCAGUGGCUCUGUUGGAAGGAGGGAUCCAGGAGCUUGGUGGGAAGCCUUCCCUGGAGAGAUGGCUUUAGGGGCUUUAUUUAAAGACUAUGUGAUGAUGGAGCAAGAGCAGGGCUGCACCUCUGUGUUGGGAGAUGUCCAUUGCUGUGUGAUGGCUUGGAAUUUAAUUUAUUAAAGUCAAACUGGAGUUUAUAAACUGGACAACUGGUUAUCUUUUAAAAGGCAAAGGUAAGGCUGUUGUGUUGAUGAAGUAGGAGGAACAGAGAUGGGAAUCUGAUAGGUGGAGUAGGCGACACAUGUGCUGGGUCUGCUGAGAAGUUCCUGUACUGAGGAAGGGACAUUUAGAAAGAGGAUGGGAGAACAAGAGUCUUUGAAGGAUGAAGUUGUAACAAAAAGAAGUCGAUUGGCUAGUACAGGCAUCUUCAUUCCCCUUUCUUGAACAAGCUGCUCCUUCUAGGAUAUAAUAGUCCAGAAUACAAACUCUGGAUCUUGACUGCCUGGAUCUGACUUCCAGCUUUACUAAUUACCUGUGUGACCUCGGCAAGUUAUGUAAUGUCAGAGUGCCUCAGUUUUCUUAUCUGUAAAAUGGGAACUGUGAUAAUAGUAACUAUCAUUUGUAGAUGAGAAGUAAAUGAAGUGCUUAGUACUUUACUGGCAUAUAGUCAGUGAUGAAAAAGUGUUAACUGUUGCCUCAGAAGAGACAGUUUGGGAGGGGGAAGUCUUAAAGGGUUUCAUCAUAAUAAAAAUUCUUGUAUUCCUAAAUGUUGGCUAGUUUCAGGGAGUUAUGGAUACUAGCAAGCUCUAUGUCCCUGGUUCCUGUUCUCUGGGACCUUACACAGGACUUGAACCAGGUAAACUGCUAUAGGAUGGCAGAGCAUUGGACAAGGGACGGAAAACCUGAGUGUGCCACAGACACAUCAAGUGACCUUGAGCGGACUACUUCUCCUUUCUGGACCUCAACUUCCUUGUCUCUAAAAUAAAGGCUGGCCUAGAUAAUCA